CGGCGCUGGGAGGAACGCCAGCCGGGUUGGCGCAGGUUGGACCCCGGCUGUGGCCCCUGGCAUCCUUGGUUACGUCUCCUAGCUAUGUUGCCAGCAUCGUUCGUGGAGUCCCAGUGAUGCUCCGCACUCUCCGAAACGCCGUAACUUUACUGUUACGUGAUCGUAAAUCUCCAGCGAGCCCAGCCCUACCCCGAGCGUCCGAGGGCCCGGUAACACCUCAAGACCCUUUCUGGGGAAGCCGCCAGCAACGGGCAUCCCUCGAGCCGCCACCUGCCGGGCAGAAAAGCGGCCCCGGUUUCAGGUGCGCAGGGGGCGGGGCUUCCGGCAGUAGAGGGGCGGGCCCAGAGUGACUACGUCGCACCGAGUCGACGUCGCACGGCUCCGAAGACUCCGAGCCCCCAGACCCGCCGCCCAGCCUGAAGCAGCUGAUGGAGGCUCCGCUGCAAACCGGCAUGGUGCUGGGCGUGAUGAUCGGAGCCGGAGUGGCCGUGAUGGUUACGGCCGUGCUCAUCCUGCUGCUGGUGCGGAGGCUGCGAGUGCCAAAAACCCCAGCCCCGGAAGGCCCCCGUUAUCGAUUCCGGAAGCGGGACAAAGUGCUUUUCUAUGGCCGGAAGAUUAUGCGGAAGGUGUCACAAUCCACUUCCUCCCUGGUGGAUGCCUCAGUCUCCACCACUUCCCGGCCACGCAUGAAGAAGAAACUUAAGAUGCUCAACAUUGCCAAGAAGAUCCUGCGCAUCCAGAAAGAAACGCCAACACUGCAGCGGAAGGAGCCCCCACCUGCAGUGCUUGAGGCUGACCUGACAGAGGGUGACCUGGCCAAUUCCCAUCUGCCCUCUGAGGUGCUCUACAUGCUCAAGAACGUCCGGGUGCUGGGCCACUUCGAGAAGCCACUUUUCCUGGAGCUUUGCCGACACAUGGUCUUCCAGCGGCUCGGCCAGGGGGAUUAUGUCUUCCGGCCGGGCCAGCCGGAUGCCAGCAUCUACGUGGUACAGGACGGACUGCUGGAGCUUUGUCUGCCUGGGCCUGAUGGGAAAGAGUGUGUGGUGAAGGAAGUGGUCCCCGGGGACAGUGUCAACAGCCUUCUGAGCAUCCUAGACGUCAUCACCGGUCACCAGCAUCCCCAGCGCACAGUGUCUGCCCGGGCGGCCCGCGACUCCACGGUGCUGCGGCUACCAGUAGAGGCCUUCUCCACUGUCUUCACCAAGUACCCUGAGAGCUUGGUGCGCGUUGUGCAGAUCAUCAUGGUGAGGCUGCAGCGGGUCACCUUCCUGGCACUUCACAACUACCUGGGUCUUACCAAUGAGCUCUUCAGCCACGAGAUCCAGCCACUCCGCCUCUUCCCAAGCCCCGGCCUCCCAGCCCGCACCAGCCCUGUGCGUGGCUCCAAGCGGAUGGUUAGCGCCUCAACCACCGAGGAACCGAAAGAGACCCCUGGCCGGCCACCCGACCCCACUGGGGCCCUACUGCCUGGACCUGCUGGGGACCCAGUGAAGCCCACAUCCCUGGAAGGCUCCUCGGCCCCUCUGCUGAGUCGCUGCAUUUCCAUGCCAGUGGAUAUCUCAGGCUUGCAGGGCGGCCCCCGCUCGGACUUCGACAUGGCAUAUGAGCGCGGCCGGAUCUCCGUGUCCCUGCAGGAAGAGGCCUCCGGGGGGUCCCAGGCAGCCCCGGCUCGGACCCCCACUCAGGAGCUCCGGGAGCAGCCAGCAGGCGCCUGUGAGUACAGCUACUGCGAGGAUGAAUCGGCCACUGGUGGCUGUCCCUUUGGACCCUACCAAGGCCGCCAGACGAGCAGCAUUUUUGAGGCAGCAAAGCGGGAGCUGGCCAAGCUGAUGCGGAUUGAGGACUCCUCCCUCCUGAACAGCCGCGUUUUGCUGCAUCACGCCAAAGCUGGCACCAUCAUUGCCCGCCAAGGGGACCAGGAUGUGAGCCUGCACUUUGUGCUCUGGGGCUGCCUGCACGUCUACCAGCGCAUGAUAGACAAGGCCGAGGAUGUGUGCCUGUUCGUGGCGCAGCCGGGGGAGCUGGUGGGGCAGCUGGCGGUGCUCACCGGCGAGCCCCUCAUCUUUACACUGCGUGCCCAGCGGGACUGUACCUUCCUGCGCAUCUCCAAGUCCGACUUCUAUGAGAUCAUGCGAGCUCAGCCCAGUGUGGUACUGAGUGCAGCACACACGGUGGCCGCCAGGAUGUCAUCCUUUGUGCGGCAGAUGGACUUCGCCAUUGACUGGACAGCGGUGGAGGCCGGUCGGGCGUUGUACAGGCAGGGUGACCGCUCUGACUGCACCUACAUCGUGCUCAAUGGGCGCCUACGCAGCGUCAUCCAGCGCGGCAGUGGCAAGAAAGAGCUGGUGGGCGAGUAUGGACGUGGGGACCUCAUCGGUGUGGUGGAGGCGCUGACCCGGCAGCCACGCGCCACUACAGUGCACGCGGUGCGCGACACAGAGCUGGCCAAGCUCCCUGAGGGCACCUUGGGCCACAUCAAGCGGCGGUACCCACAGGUCGUGACCCGUCUCAUCCAUCUGCUGAGCCAGAAGAUCCUGGGAAAUUUGCAGCAGCUACAGGGACCCUUCCCAGGCUCAGGGCUGGGCGUACCCCCACACUCGGAGCUCACCAACCCAGCCAGCAACCUGGCAACAGUGGCAGUCCUGCCCGUGUGUGCUGAGGUACCCAUGGUGGCCUUCACACUGGAGCUGCAGCACGCCCUACAAGCUAUCGGCCCCACAUUACUCCUCAAUAGUGACAUCAUCCGGGCCCGCCUGGGGGCAUCUGCGCUGGAUAGCAUCCAAGAGUUCCGGCUGUCAGGGUGGCUGGCCCAGCAGGAGGACGCGCACCGCAUCGUGCUCUACCAGACCGACGCAUCGCUGACGCCGUGGACCGUGCGCUGCCUGCGCCAGGCCGACUGCAUCCUCAUCGUGGGGCUGGGCGACCAGGAACCCACCCUCGGCCAGCUGGAGCAGAUGCUGGAGAAUACGGCGGUGCGCGCCCUCAAGCAGUUGGUCCUGCUGCACCGCGAGGAGGGCCCGGGCCCCACGCGCACCGUCGAGUGGCUAAACAUGCGCAGCUGGUGCUCGGGCCACCUGCACCUGCGCUGCCCACGCCGCCUCUUCUCGCGCCGCAGCCCCGCCAAGCUGCACGAGCUCUACGAGAAGGUUUUCUCCCGGCGCGCUGACCGGCACAGCGACUUCUCCCGCCUGGCGCGAGUGCUCACGGGAAAUACCAUCGCCCUGGUGCUGGGCGGGGGCGGGGCCAGAGGCUGCUCACACAUCGGGGUGCUGAAGGCGUUAGAAGAAGCGGGGGUCCCUGUCGACCUGGUGGGCGGCACAUCCAUCGGCUCCUUCAUCGGGGCUCUGUAUGCGGAGGAGCGCAGCGCCAGCCGCACCAAGCAGCGGGCCCGCGAGUGGGCCAAGAGAAUGAAUUCGGUGCUGGAGCCGGUGCUGGACCUCACCUACCCUGUCACCUCUAUGUUCACGGGGUCAGCGUUCAACCGCAGCAUCCACCGGGUCUUCCAGGACAAGCAGAUUGAGGACCUGUGGCUGCCAUACUUCAAUGUGACAACAGACAUCACUGCAUCGGCCAUGCGUGUCCACAAAGAUGGCUCCCUGUGGCGGUAUGUGCGUGCCAGCAUGACACUCUCGGGCUACCUGCCCCCACUGUGUGACCCCAAGGACGGGCACCUCCUCAUGGACGGCGGCUACAUCAACAACCUGCCAGCGGACAUUGCCCGCAGCAUGGGGGCCAAGACGGUCAUUGCCAUCGAUGUGGGAAGCCAGGACGAGACAGACCUCAGCACCUACGGAGACAGCCUGUCUGGCUGGUGGCUGCUGUGGAAGCGGCUGAACCCCUGGGCAGAGAAGGUCAAGGUCCCGGACAUGGCUGAGAUCCAGUCCCGCCUGGCCUACGUGUCCUGCGUGCGGCAGCUGGAGGUGGUCAAGUCCAGCUCCUACUGCGAGUACCUGCGCCCGCCCAUUGACUGCUUCAAGACCAUGGACUUCGGGAAGUUCGACCAGAUCUCUGAUGUGGGCUACCAGUACGGGAAGGCCGUAUUUGGGGGCUGGAGCCGCGGCGACAUCAUCGAGAAGAUGCUCACAGACCGGAGGUCUACGGACCUUAAUGAGAGCCGCCGCUCGGAUGUGCUUGCCUGCCCCAGUUCUGGCUUCACUGACCUGGCAGAGAUCGUGUCGCGGAUCGAGCCCCCCACAAGCUACGUUUCUGAUGGCUGUGCUGAUGGGGAGGAGUCGGAUUGCCUGACUGAGUAUGAGGAGGACGCGGGACCCGACUGCUCACGGGAUGAGGGGGGCUCUCCCGAGGGCGCGAGCCCCAGCGCUGCCUCUGAGGUGGAGGAGGAGAAAUCGAUUCUCCGUCACCGGCACUGUCUGCCCCAGGGCCCUUCCAGCUCGGCGGCAGACCCCUGAGGAUCUCGCAGAGGGUCCCCCAAGCUCACACCUGAGGCCUCCUGGGAACUGCCCCUGGACUGGGCUGGGUGUGGGCCCUAUGGGGCCUCUCCCCUACCCUCCACCUGCUGCUAUGCCUGUGACCCCCCUCGGUCCCCCUUGGCCCCCAGGGCCUACACACUGGACUGACCUGCCCCUGAGGGGAGGGCAGCACUGCACUGAUGACUCCCGACCAACAAACCCCUAAUAAACCUUCAGCUCCAGGAA